AUGUGCAAGCGUCGACGCAGAGCAAAGCAAGAGCGACUAAGAAAAGGUAAAACUGGAGUAAAAAAAAGAACUUGCUGUGAAAGAUGUAAAAGAAGAGUACGCAAAUGGUUUUGUAGAAGAAUUAAACAAUGUUUUAAAAAAGCUGUGUUUGGUUAUCCUGCUCCUCGUUUAGAUGAUUACGAGAUAGCCGGGUACAAUUUAGGUAGUCUUAAAGAUAACUUAAAAAUCAAAAGUAGCAAAAAUUCCUUUGAUAGUUCUACUAAUGUUGCUAAGAAAAAACCAUCAGUUGUAACACUUUUUAAAAACAAUCGGAAGAAAUCUACAAAAAGCGUUAAGUUAAAGGAUGCACUCGUUAGAGAAUUUGGCAGUUCUUCACUUUCAUCUAUUAUAGGAAAAAUGAAAUCGUUUGUUACCGACCUCCGAGAAAGGAACUUGUUUCUUGGAUUGUCUAAAGACUCAAAACUUAAUUUAAAUGAAAAAGAAAAAGAAAAGUUUAGGAAAAUGGCAGAUAAAUACGAAACUAAGAGUAAAAGAUAUGUAGGUAGUUUACUUGAAGAUCAUAAAAACUUAAAAAAAAAGUUUUCUCUAACACAGUCAAAGACAGAAGUUUUAAAAAAUAUGUUGGAAGAUUAUACGACUAAAAAAUUUUCUUUUUCCAAAAUCAUUAUCAGCAAUGAUAAAACAAAUAUAAAUAACUUUAAUAAGGAAGACCUUAAUAAAAUAUUAAAUCGCUAUCAGUCGUUGAAAGAAAAAGAGAGAAAUUCAAGCCGAGAUAAAUUAAAAGGUAUCACAGCAAAUAUUUUCACAAGAGAUAAAAGAAUUUCUAAAAAACAGCUAGAAUUUUUAAAGAAUCAAGAUAGCGAUAUUCUAAAGAAAACUUUUUUUCUGACGGAUUCCAAACUAAAAUUAUUAAGAAACAUGGCUGAUGAUUUAAAGAAAGGAAAAUUUUUCUUAACAGCGAUACCGAGUCCAUUAAUAAAAGAUAGAAAUAAUAUUCAGAAAGAUUUAACAAACAUUUUAAAUUAUUAUAAAUUACAACAGAAAACGGAACAUUACCCAUUUGUAAAACAAUCAAAAUUAAAACAGUUUAAAUCCGAUUUAAGAGCGAAAAUAGGUUAC